ACGAGCUGCACACAAAGGUAGCAUCCGCUGUCGGACAGCCUGAAAGCAACAAGCUUGACCGGACGAAACGCUCACUGCUGCAGUGUCGUGCACUCUGAUUUGACUGGACUAGCAACAAAACGAGCAUAUUUAAUCCUCACUAAGCGUUGUGUAGGCUGCUUGUAAGGACACCUGCAGUGGUCAAAGUCCGGACUCUCCGUGGCAGGGCAUAUCAUCCCUGGAAGAAGAAACCAUUUACGUAUCGAGGAAAACAAUCUGCACUUUCAGAGUUGAACUGGAGGAAGGAAGAUGUCGGCGGUUUAUAAAGAUGCCCAGGAGGACUGGCUGACGGUGUGUCUCAAGUACCUGCUCUUUGUUUUCAACUUUCUCUUCUGGGUGGGUGGAGCAGCUGUUUUGGGUGUAGGAGUCUGGACACUGGUGGAGAAGAGUGACUACUUGAGCCUGCUGGCCUCCAGCACUUUUGCUGUAUCAGCGUAUAUCCUCAUCCUGGCCGGCAGCCUGGUGGUGGUUACGGGCUUCUUGGGCUGUUGUGCUGUCAUCCGGGAGCAGAGAAGCUGUCUAUCCAUGUAUUUCUUCUGCCUGCUGGUGAUCUUCUUGAUUGAACUGGUGGCUGGAGUGCUGGCUUAUGUCUAUUACCAGAGGCUGAGUGAGGAGCUGAAGCAACAUCUCAACCAGACUAUGACAGACAACUACGCUCAACCAGGGAAGGAGGCCAUCACAUUAGCUGUGGACAGACUACAACAGGAUUUCAAGUGCUGUGGCAGCAACAACUCCCAUGAUUGGAUGGUGAGUGCAUACAUUUCAUCAAAGGUGGCAGAAGGCAGGCUGGUGCCCGACAGCUGCUGUAAGACAGUUACCCUUUAUUGUGGCAAGAGAGACCACCCCUCCAACAUCUACAAGGUGGAGGGUGGUUGCAUCACCAAGCUGGAGCAGUUUCUGGCUGACCACCUGUUGGUCAUUGGUGCUGUGGGAAUAGGAGUGGCUUGUCUGCAGCUGGCCGGUGCAGUCUUGACAGCCUGCUUUAUCUAUCUGCUCUAUAAAGAAGAGGAAGACGACUUCGGUGCAUUGUGAUUUAGUUCAACAGCGUCUUUGUGGUUUAAUCAACUGGAGAUUUGAGGUUGGAGGGUAUUGUGGAAAUUGGAUAUCUUACUGCAUGUUUGUGCUUGUGUGUCUGUCCGCUCUGUGUUAAAUGUGAAAUCUUUGGGCUCCGUGUAUGCUAAAUGGAGACAUUUAUAAUCUUACUUGAUUUUAUUUGCUGAGUGUGAAGCAUGCAGCUGCCUGGCUUUGGCAGUAUAUUGCAGAUUGUCGCUCUGCAUGUUGUGCUAAUGGGCUGUUAUGGCUGCUGAAAAUGUGAUAAAGGUCAAACACAUCCUUUGAAUGGCUUGAUUAAUGCUGCUUCUGCACUAUGAUGUUGUAUACAAGAGACAUGUUUUGUAUCUUUUGUACAGUAGUGACUCAGUCUAUAAAGUACCUGUGCUGACUUGAAAGUGAAUACAGU